GCUGGUAGACUUUGUCUACCAGCCCAGGAUGCCGCACUCCUGGGUCUACAGGCUCCUCAGCUUUUUGCCCAGUCUGCUUCUUAGCAUCUUGGCAGGUCUCCAACAGGUAACUGGUGGAUGCCAACUGCACUUCUUCUGCCCUGAAGGAUUUGAGUGCUGUGGCAAUGGCUGCUGUGUGAAGACAGAACAUUUCUCUGGCCCCAUGAGGACAUUUGUCAUCAGCUUCCUGGUCAUCAUCCCUCUCCUCUGUAUCUGUGGCUUGUUCAAGCGUUUGUGCCGAGCUUGCUGGGUCUCAGAGUCGGAGCCCUCAACUCAGCGGGAAGUGCCAGUAUCAGUGUCCUUCAGUAACCCCCCUGUGUCCCCUGAGACUCCAGCACCUGCCCCAUUUGGACCCCCACCACCCUACAGUGAGAGCCUUGAAUCUGGCCUUCCCAACAUCCCCAGUCAUCUGCCUAGGUCUUCAUUAUGGCUUGUUUCCAGAGUGAUCCAGACUCUGAACUUUUCAAGGACUUCUCAUCUGUGACUUUCUCACAGUCCCACCAACUCCCUAGACUUGGGAAGAGUCAAUCAGUAUGUACCCCUAGCUCAGAUACAGCCCUUGCACCAGGGUGCCUCUCUAGAGUCUACAUCUCUCUCCUAAAAUUCGCCAUUCUUCAAGACUCAGUGUCAAGUCUUGUGGUCUAUGGCGUGAAUGCAGCAAAGGGUCCAUAAGGCCCCAAAAGAAUGCUUUCCCCCAAACUAAUGGAUAGAUCCAGAUCUACCCCUUGCCUCACUGGAAAAGAGGCACAGGCCCACCCUGGUGACCGAGGGGCCCAACAUCAGACAAGGCAGGGAUAGAGAAGAGUGAACGUUAGAUCUCUGGGUUGUGAGCUCAAGACCAGCAUGGAGAGCCAGUAAGUAUCUGAGAUAGGAUUCAAGGUCAGCUCUCUAGCCACCGUGCCACCUUGCUGCCCAAGUGACUUGUCUAGUAUCACACAACAGGUUGGUGGCAUGAGGGAAAGUAAUAAACUGUUGUGGGAAGAGUGCCAGCUUUGGCUUUAGGAGACUUGCAUUUGAAUACCUAGCUUUGUGUCCAUGGGCAAAUUUCCUAAUUUCACUGAUCCCCAUUUUCCUUACCAGUAAAAUGCAACAUCUACCUCACAGAGGUGUUAUGUGGAUUAUAGAUUUAGAAUAGUCCCUUCCUUAGAGGUCA